AUGGAUGUUGAUCCCCCAAUUGCCAUCUUGUCCAUGACCCCGCCGUCCAGCGAAUUAGACGAGUUCGAGAAAGGCACCUUGCUGGCCUGCUCGCCCUCAUUCUCCGGCUUCACUUACCCUUCUCCUACACCAUCUCACCACGGCCACGUUUCCUCAGUGUCGUCUGAUACGAUAUACAACAUCUUACCAGAAGUCCCAAUGUCUUCCGACCCGCAGAGUCACGACCUAAACCAUCUAUCUUUCGAGGCCACCUCGUCCGAGUCGACCUCCUUCUUCGCCGUGCCGCCCGUCACGGAUCCGUCCUUCAUCGCCUAUCCAGCCACCACUUCGACCGACACCUCAUAUAACAGAUAUGACCAGAAUCAAUGGUAUACGUACUCCAACUAUCCCCAACCCAUGCCAUUGCUGCCGUACGACCCGGACCCUUCGACCCCCUUCACCAGCUUCCCGCAUCAACCGACACAACAUGGCCUAGCCAACAUCAUUCCUCCCACGCCGCGAGACAACUCAAACACAAUCUUCGACUUCAACACACCACCGGUGGGCACCACUUACGCCUCCAACCACAACCUAAUUGCGUCGCCGGCAUUCUCUCAGAGCUCUCGGAGCCAUCGAAGCAGCCUGCCGUCCCUGUCACGAUCAUGCAGUCCGGUAGCAUCCCUGCACGAAACGGCGGCCGGCAGAGCUCUUUCAAGAGAGUCAUCCGCGCUUCAUCGCGCUCCUCCUCUACGAUCGGAAUCCACCUCAUCCAGCGCUUCUCUGCACACAUAUGGCCAUCCGGUGACCGAACCUCAACCCAUGGCAGGCGGCGCAUCAUCAUUCUCGCCGACUUCAUCAGCAGCCAACCCAGCAGCCAACGGCGUGGUUCGAUCCUGGCGAUGCGCCUAUCCCGGCUGCACUUCCCGCGCGACGUUCCAGCGCGGCUGUGAUCUGCGGAAGCACUACAACCGACACAGCAAGCAUCUGUUCUGUCGCGUGGAAGGGUGUCCGCAAAGUGAAGCCGCCGCCGCGGCGCGUGCACAGUCCAACGACCAGCCUCUGACCGGCGGGUUCAGUUCCAAGAAAGACCGCGCCCGCCACGAAGCCAAACAUAACCCCGGCAUCAGGUGCGAAUGGCGCGGGCCUGAUGGCGAGGAAUGCACCCGCGUCUUCUCGCGCAUGGAUAACAUGAAGGAUCAUGUUAGACGGAUCCACAAUAAAGCCCUGAACCAGAACCAGAACCAACAAGCCCAGCAGCAGCAUCAAAAGGCAAGCCAGGGCUCGGGUUCAAGUCGGAAAUAA